AAAUCAAAACAUGUUUGGUCCCGAAAAUUGUAAACAUUACUGACUAUAAGAAGAGCAAUACCGACCACACUUAAAUGAAGCUCAAAUGCAAAUAAGUCAGGGAAGCAAACUCAAAAUUUACAGGACUCAAGGUUCCACAUAAGAUGCAGUCCCUUGAUGUUUGUAAAAAGACAUCUGGUAAAGUAUGGCACAGAAAACCAACACCAUCACAUGAUAAUGGUUUAAUGAUACAGAUCACAAACAGUCAGCCAAGUACAUUAUCACAUGUUGGUAAAAAUGUCCGAUUUCUUCACACUGCAUUUGACAGUAAUGGUGACAGUUUUGUCGCAGGGGACCAUCAGGGACAUGUAUUCAUGUUUGAUAUUACUAAAAACAGGUUUUCCUUGGUUCAAAAGCUAGGCCAUCCAUGUACAGCAUUGGCCUUUGACCUGAGAAGGAAAUCUGAGUUUUUGAUUGGACUAUCAGAUUACUCAUUGAAAUGCUAUGAUGUUGAUACAAAAGAGAUGGUUGCUUGGAUGAAAGGACAUGAAUCUGUGAUAGGGAAUAUAUCAGUGCAUGCCUCAGGAAGGUAUGCAUUGACAACAUCUACAGAUGCUGCUCAGCUGUGGGAUCUUGAUACUUUCCAGAGGAAAAGAAAACUUAAUAUCAAAGAAGAUGUUGGCAUUGUUCAGGUUUCUUUCUUGCCACUUAGUAACACAAUCAUCACUGCAUUUAAAGAUGACACAAUAUUUGCAUGGGAAUCAGAUACAUUGAAUUGUAAAUACCAGUUACCCAUACCUCCAGGGAAAAAACCAAGUUACAGAAGUUUUGCUGCUACAAAAGAUGGCAGGGUUUUAGCAGCAGGAGGUAGAUCUAGAUUUAUUCACCUGUGGGAUCUUGAUACACACAGAUUGUUGCGUAUUGUAGAAUUGCCUACUAAAGUCACAUCAGUUAAACAACUCAACUUUCUUCCUGACAAAUUUGAUGCAGGACAAAAUCAGACCCUUGGUGUUUUAAGUCAGGAUGGAAUAGUGAGAUAUAUAAACAUUAAUUCAUGUAAACUACUAUUUGAUGUUGGCACCAUUGAUAACAAGGUCAACAACUUCUCUAUCAGCCCAUCAGGACGUCACAUGGUUUCUACAAUGGAAGAUGGCAGUAUCCAUGUCUAUGAUCUACAUGUAGUCUCAGAUGAAAUAGGAAAGCCACCUGCUCCUUUGGUCAAGGUAGUUAAAGAAAACAAAAUGUCAGAUACAGUUGCGUCAGAUCAGUCUUCAAAAUCACAGAAACAGAAAGGGGCAAGGGCAAAAGGCAAAGAAAACAGGCGAAAUCAACCAGAUUUUCAAAUGGAAAAAGAACUUCCAGAACAACUCAAUAUGGAAAAAUUAAAAGCCAUUCUAAAGGGAUAUGGGGAAUACCCAGCUAAAUAUAGAAUGUUUAUAUGGAGAUCUAUUUUAAGAUUACCAGAAAAUCACACAGCAUAUGCAGCAUUAGUUGACAAAGGAACACAUCCUGCUUAUGCUAAAAUACAUGAAGAAUAUCCAAUUAAAAGUAGAAGACUUCUACGCAUUUUACAAAGAAUUUUAUCAGCCAUGGCACAUUGGUCACCUAUAUUUGGAGAGACACAAUAUCUUCCAUGUUUAGCUUUUCCAUUUGUUAAGUUAUUCCAGAACAAUCAUUUAGUGUGUUUUGAAAUCUUGUCAUCCAUCAUGAUGAACUGGGCAGAUCAUUGGUUUGAAUACUUCCCUAAUCCACCAAUCAACAUACUGGGAAUGAUAGAGAAUGUUUUAGCUUACCAUGAUAAAUAUUUACUGCAACAUUUUGUUAAAUACUCAGUCACAUCUCAGGUUUAUGCUUGGCCAUUACUGGAGACAUUAUUCUCAGAAGUUCUAACAAGAGAUGAAUGGUUGAUGUUAUUUGACAAUGUGUUCUCUAACCACCCCUCCUUCCUGUUGAUGGUGGUUGUAGCCUAUGCCAUGUCAGCCAGAGGUCCUCUCAUGCAGUGUAUAGAAUUAGAUGAUUUUAAAUAUUUUUACCACCAUAGAAAUGCAGUAGAUAUUAAACAUGUGAUCAAGGAAGCCUACAGACUGAUGGAAUCUACACCUAAAGACAUACAUCCUGAGAAGACAUUGGAAGACUUUAAACCUCUUACUGUAGGACAAUAUCCUGUCUUCAAUAAAUAUCCUAAAUUUAUUGUGGAUUAUCAGGUACAAGAAAGAGAAAGGAUAAGGCAUGAAGAGAUGGAAUAUAUGAGACAAAAACAUUUGUCUUUGGAAAUGCAGAAAGAAACACAGAAACGACAACAAGAGGAAGAAGCAUGGUACAGACAACAACAGCUCCUCCUGGAGGCAGAGGAUAAAAGAAGAAAACUUAUCCAAGAUGAGGAAGUGAAACUUGUAGAUCAAAGAAAGAGAUUGUAUGCCAUGAACAGAGAAGUGAAAUUAAAAGAACUACAAUUAUUAGAUGCAGCAAGAAGAAAGUUUUUACAUUUCCAGAAACAACAAAGAGAAUCUGAACUGAAGAGACUUGAUGAUGAGGUUCAAAGAAAGGCCUUACAAAGAGACCAAGAAACAGAAACAGCUAUGGAAGAGGCAGAAAUUAGAAACUUAGAAUUACAAUUACAAAAGAAAAUGUUUGAACAGGAUUUAUUUAGAGAAUUUGCUACAUCAUCUCAUCAUCUAAGAACUGAACAAGAUAUGCAUCGUAAACAGGCUGAGCUAGAGGAAAGAAUACAGGAAAAAUUGAGGGAUGCAGAAAGAGAAAGGCAAAUGGAAAUUAGAAAGACCUUACAAGAUGGUUUAGCAAAAUCAUCACAACAGAAUAUUGAAGCUUGGGCUUCAAAUGAGUAUGAGUCUAGACGUAGGCUGCAGGAUCUAGAAAGAGAGACAAUGUCAUUACAACUUGCCAAGAGGAAUGCAGAAAAUAGGUCAUUAGAGAAAGAAGUGCAGGAUUUAAUGACAAAAGUUCAGGAUAGAAAGGAUACAGAGACAGAAGUUGCUCACAUGGAACUGUAUGAACAGAAACAGGAUGCAGCAGAAAGUGGCCAGAGACGAUUAAGAUUAUUGGAAGAAGAGGGAUAUGUUGCACAUGAGCAUGGGAAAUCUCUCACACAAGAUGCCUUAUAUAAUUUAAAUAAUAAUAGUACAAGACUUGGAAAUACCACAUUAAACAGCACAAAACAGUCAGAUCUUUAUCAGACUUUACAGACUACAUCUAAUUCUUCUGGAGUUUCUUUAGAAAGAAGUGGUCGUGCUUUUGAUGAGAAGGAAAUAGCUCUAUUAAAUGAAGUCAGAAGAUUAAGACAAAGACUUGCCUUAGAGAACAGAUCAAAAAGGCCACCAGCUGUACCUUGUGAAUAACCAAAAAAAUUUAGUAUCCGUCCAAUGACCAAAUCUUUGUCAAGCUAGAUUAUAUUCUUGCAUUUAAUAAACAAUACUGCCAUAACAUUUUAUAAUCAAUUUCAGAUAAGGAAUAAAAUCAAAGCUUUUAAUCCCUUUGGAGAUAAGGUUUAUUUCAAUCAGUCAUGUUUAUAAAAGGUGCUCUUGCUAUAUAAAGUAUUAAGAUUAUUCUUAGACUAAAAUAAAGUCUUAAGUUUUCUUAUAUGUGGUGGGUUAGGUUAGCAUACAGUGAGUUAGAUGUAUUUUUAAGAAAUAUAUUAGAUACUAUUGGGUUUACUAAGGUAUGACAUUGGCAGUUCCAGAACAGGGGUAUGGGGUUAAAAUUCAUGAUUUUUUUUAUCCAUCAACCACCCCCUCUUUUCCUUGCAAUUUCUGGAUCUGUGGCUUUAUAAUUAUAUUUAUACAUAAAAAGUUUCAAAGAAUGAGUUUUUAGUAGUUUUUUUGUUAAAAACAUUGAUAUGAUAGAUGUAGAACAUUUGUAAUAAUGGAUAUUUUGAAUUUUUAAAGACAAACGUGUACUUUACACCAAAAAAUUUGAAUAUUUAUAUUAAUUACCAUUAUAGUCUUGAAUGGAUUUAAAACAAAGGAUGCCGAUUUUUAUGCCUGAAAUACAAUACAGGCACAUAUUGUUGUCUAAUCUGUGGGCCUCUCCAUCUAUUCAUCAGUCCUGUUCAGGUUAAAGUUUUGUAUGGCUUAAGGUUGCUGACCAUAAAGUUGUGGUUACAUAAAAUUGAAACUAAGUACAAAUGUUCAUUAUAAUGUGAGGUUUUUAAAAUAUAUGCCAAAUUAGGGUUUCACCAUUCUCUGAACAUGAAAAUGUAUUAUUAUUCUGGUUUUGACAAAUAUUUUAUGAAAAUGAUAUUACAGACUGGAUUUGCAUUUAUUGGAUGCCAAAGUUGCUCUCAAGUCUCUUUUCCAACAAUUACAUAUUGUUUGGUCUUUGAUAGGUAGCUGUCACAUUGGCAAACAUAACACAUCCCCUUAUCUUUAUAUGAAGACUGUCCUAAUCUAUGUAAUAUUGUAUAUAAGAAUGGCUAGAAUUCAACUGUAAGUUGCAACUGGUAUAUCAUUGUAAAUUGUCAUUGAUUGUAAUAAAUUGUACAUAGAGUCUAUUUAUUGUAUUAAAAGGAAAUACAAAUAAA